AUGGAUUCUGCUCAUUACGCCAAGGCGAAGAAGGGGACGACCAAGUCAACUGUCAAAUCCCCGGUACAGAAGGGAAUCGCUCGAUCCCCCGUCAAGAACGAAGCUGGAGAAGCCCUUGUGAAGUUCCUGGCCCCGAAUCCUUCCCAGCGUACGAUCCCAGGACUGUCCGAAGCGAAAGCCCCUACCUACAGCCGGAUGGGUGUUUAUCGAAAGAAGAGUGAGGCCAGCCCGCCCAAGACCGUAUCUAGCGUUAGCACGGGCGUCACCAACAAAGGAGCCCAAGUCCAAAUCGGAAACGUCCUCCCUGUCGGUGAACUUCCUGAAGGAACGGCCAUCUGCAACGUCGAAAGCCGCAAUGGCGACCGCGGCGUCCUCGCCCGUGCUUCUGGCAAUUACGGAACUGUGAUCGCCCACAACCCCGACACUGGCAAGACCCGUAUCCGUCUGCCCUCAGGAGCCAAGAAGGUUGUCGCCUCUGCCAACCGUGCCAUGAUCGGAAUCGUGGCUGGUGGCGGAAGGACAGACAAGCCCAUGCUCAAGGCCGGAAACACCUACCACAAAUACGAAAAACUGCUUGACGAACAGCGCAUCAUCAAAGAACUUGUCGAAAACCCGGAGAGCAAUUAUGACUGGAGGGUCAGACCGCGCGGCAGCUUACAGCCGCCACCCGACGAGGAAGAUCCAACUGGACCCGUGCUCGUCACCGUCAACAUGUAUCUCAGAAGCAUCUCAAAAGUCGACGACGUCAACAUGGAAUACUCGCUGCACUUUACUUUUAGAGAGGAAUGGGUGGACGAGCGCCUUUUCUUCGUGUCCGAUCGUCUUUCCCACAUCGUGCUUUCACCCGGCCAAAAGAUUUGGAUGCCGGACACGUUCUUUCAAAACGAAAAGGAGGGCAAGAAGCACGACAUCGACACGCCGAACGUUUUGAUACGUGUUUUCAACGGAACGGGUCGAAUCCUAUACAGCACGCGGUUGACGUUAACCCUUUCCUGCCCGAUGCGGUUGUCCAAUUACCCGCUAGAUGUGCAAGAGUGCAAGAUCGAUUUUGCGUCCUACGCCUACACCACCGACGAUAUUGGUGUCUACAGUUGCCUGAGUACUAUCCUGGGGUUGAAGCGCGAGUUCUCCUACUAUCUGCUGCAGCUGUACAUCCCUUCCUUUAUGCUGGUGGCCGUUUCCUGGGUGUCUUUUUGGCUCGACAAGGACUCGGUGCCCGCACGUGUAACCCUGGGGGUGACCACGCUGCUGACGAUGACCACUCAGGCGAGCGGCGUAAACGCAAAUCUGCCCCCAGUCAGCUACACGAAAGCCAUCGACAUUUGGAUCGGGGUUUGUUUGGCGUUCAUCUUCGGAGCGCUGCUCGAGUUCGCGCUGGUCAACUGGGCGGCGCGCAAGGAUCUGUGCCAGAAUCGAGGGCGGCGAUCGAGCAAUUUCUUUCAUCGAUUG